UAUUGAGAACAAAAUAAGAAAAUAAUAAUAAUAAUAAUAAGCUGCCAUUCCGCUACUGAUAUAAAAAUCGGAUAAAAAUUAAAUUAGUUAGUGUGCUUGCGAAACAAAAUUGCAAGAAAAAAAUUCACACUUAAGUGCAAAUAAAAAUCGAACGAAAAUUUGAAAAAGACAAUUAAGAGAUACAAAAAUAUUACCGAAAUAAAUGGAAUGAACUAAAAACUUUGACCAGGACGACGGCGAGGAAACCACGUAUGCGCAAACGUUGAAGUGAAAGCGGUACCUCGACUGCCGAUUCUAAGCAUUUAAUUUACACCAGAAUUUAAGACUGAAUCUCGGCUCAAAUAUGCAGCGUAUUUCGUUUGGAACACUGCGGCCAACCUUUCAACUAUGUUGGUUUGUUGCUCUUGUGCUCUUAUUCGGGCAAAUAGCAGCAAGUGAAGGAAUGGUGUCUACAGAAGCGUUGGCAAGCACUGCAUACAAAAAGAAAUAUCCACAUAAUUUUGAUUACAAAUGUUUCACGAAUGACGAACCAUUACCAAAUUUCCCAAAUGUACGAGAUGAUUCAAUUGGCCUGCAAGUUUCCGAUCGCGCCUUACAUCAAGUAAUGAGUCGCAUUUUUGCCAUCGUUUUGCGUGAGAAACUUCAUUAUCGUAAUGUCUCACUAGUGCCGCUCGUAAAUACAGUCAAUGUGUCUGUAUAUCAAUUUGAAGAGAUCAAUUAUCGCAACAUAUUCGAUCAGUUGAGAUACUUGCCUGACGGGAUUAUGACAAUGAUCAAUGUAGCUGUUUGGAUGCCAGCGGUGGUGCGAUCUAUAGUGCCGGAAACAGUUUUGGAAGCUGGCAUAUCAAUAACACCCGGACGCUUCGGCUGGUUUGUGCCGAAAACACAAGUCGAUAUGCCGCUAGAGUUGGCUGCAUACAGUCUACACUACAGCAUACUUCUCAAUCAAACGCAUGGCGAUUAUGGACGUUACGUAAUACCGGUAGAAAUUCUAGAUAAAAUGCGUGUCGGUAAAAACUACGAGGAAUACAUAAGUCCAAAUUGCGUGGGAAGAACAUGUGUCACACUGUUGGCCGAGCACAAACCCGACACCGCCUUCGUCAUGCAUCAUAUAGCUAGUACCAACAGUUAUGUCAACGUGCUUUGGUUGGGUGCGGAUUUUCGUGAGAAGCUGCGUCAACUCCAUGGCAAAUAUCAGGACAAACUUAGCGCUGAAUUGCGUCAUAAACGCUUUAUUGUGGUGCACUGGACGCCAUCCAUUGUGAUCGAUGGCGAAAUUGAGUUCUAUCAAAUCACGUUGCCGCGUUGUGAAGACUUGUCCGUAUUACAUUUAACCGCUUGCAAAUAUGAGCUCACACCGGUACUCAAGUACUAUGAGCAAAGUCUGACCGACGAGCGCUUGGUGUCCGCUUUGCGUGAAUUUCAAAUAUCCGAUCACAUGCUUCAGUUGUUACAGCUGAGUCCACAUUGGCACAGCACCGAAACCAGUGUCGAGGAUGUGUACAAUAAAGUGGCAUGCGAUUGGCUAAAGUCCAACGAGAAUACAUACAAACAAUGGAUUAGUUCUAAGUCGCCAAUUACAUUAUAUAUUGGUGGCAUAUUUCCAUUAACGGACUUCAGUCGUGGUCAUCAGAAUCUCGAGAAAGCCGUUAGACAGGCCGUUAAAGCUGUAAAUCAUAGCGGUUUACUGAAGAAUUACAAUAUCGAUGCGAAAACUCACGACGGUCAGUGUAAAGCGGACGAGGUUAUGAAGAUAUUUAUACAUUAUUUUUCCGAGCCGCGUGUCUUGGGUGUGCUGGGUCCAGCUUGCAGUGAAACCGUCGAACCAAUAGCGGGCAUAUCGAAGCAUACCAAUAUGGCGGUGAUAUCGUACUCGGCAGAGGGCGCCACAUUUACCGAUCGUCGUGCUUAUCCGUACUUCUUUCGUACGAUCGGUUCAAAUCGUCAGUAUGAGGCCGUGUAUGUGGAGCUAAUGAAAUUUUUGGGUUGGAAACGUGUUGCCGCACUUACGGAGGAUGGACAAAAGUAUACCGAGUAUAUAUCGCAUAUGGAGGCGGCUAUGAAACAACAAAAUUUGGAAUUGAUUAUCAAUAAGAAGUUCUUAAGUGAUGUGAAGGCUUCGGAAAUGAACAAACAUUUAUUGGAUCUAAAAGAAAAGCACGCCAAGAUCAUUAUUGCGGAUAUACAUAGUAGGAAUGCUGAGCUGGCGCUUUGUGAGGCCUAUAAUUUAGGUAUGACAGCCUACGACGGUUAUGUUUGGUUCUUGCCUUCAUGGAUAUCUAAAGACUGGAGCACUUUGGCUUUUAAUCACAAUUGUACAAAAGAGCACUUAAAUAAGGCUAUAGAAGGUCAUUUCAGCAUAAUGCACACACCUUUUGGCGAUCUUAAUGCUACCAUGCAGGAAAAUAUAACCGUACGAGAAUGGCUACAUACACAUUCCCAAACAAAUGAUGUGCUCUCGAAUUACACCGGUUACGCAUAUGAUGCCGUUUGGGCUUACGCCUACGCAGUGGCAAAGUUGCUCACGGAGAACGAAGACGCGGUAAAUAAUUUGCGUAGUAAAAGUGUAGUGACGCGUUUGGUACAGCUCAUUUGGCAGACAAAUUUCACGGGACUCUCUGGCCGUGUACAGUUCGGCCAAGGCGGUUCGCGCAUCACCGAUUUAGACAUCGUGCAAUGGCGCAAUACACAAUUUCAUUAUGUUGGCAAAUUUAAUCCACGUAUUGUAGGUGAGGGCAAUCUUAUGCGUACCAAUGGUGGCCGCUUGCAAUUGAAUGAAGCUAAAGUGACAUGGUUGGAAAGCGGUGGUCAGCGACCAAGCGAUGGGACGUACGACUGUAGUUUUGCACUGUUAGCAAAACUACUCAAUAAGGAUUGUGAGAGCGCAGCCUUCACGUUCACGGCUGUGGUGUGUCUUUUAUUUGUGGCAAUUGUUUCGCUAACAUCUUUUCUCUUCUGGAAGAAACGUUACGACAAGAAACUGAAGCGUUCAGCGAAAAUAAUGAAAAAUUUCGGUAUUGACUUGCUGUCACCGUCGCGUAAUAAGAGCAACACGCUUGACAAAUGGGAAGUGCCGAAAGAGAAUGUGGUGCUUAAUCGGCGCUUGGGUAAAGGGGCGUUCGGCAUGGUGUAUGGUGGUGAGGCACAGAUUGGUGCCAGUGGUUGGACGGCAGUGGCAGUCAAGACGCUAAAAGCUGGCGCCUCCACAGAAGAUCGUUUAGAUUUUUUAUCCGAAGCAGAGGCUAUGAAACGUUUAAAUCACAAUAACAUAGUCACACUCUUGGGUGUUUGCCUGCAAACCGAACCAAUUUACACCAUCAUGGAGUUCAUGCUUUAUGGCGAUUUGAAAACAUACUUGCUGGCGCGCCGACACUUGCUCAACGAGAAGGUGACCGAAGACUCGGAUGUCUCCUCGAAACGUUUAACCAUGUAUGCCAUGGAUGUGGCGCGUGGACUCGCUUACCUCGCCAGCGAAAAGUAUGUACACCGCGAUGUGGCUUGUCGCAACUGUCUGGUGAAUGCCCAGCGUGUCGUCAAACUCGGCGAUUUCGGUAUGGCGCGCUCCACAUACGAGAGCGACUACUAUCGUUUCAAUCGAAAAGGCAUGUUGCCUGUACGCUGGAUGGCGCCGGAGUCUCUAACUUUCGGCAUGUUCACGCCUGCCUCAGAUGUUUGGGCGUUUGGUGUUGUGCUAUACGAGAUAAUCACUUUCGGUUCUUAUCCAUAUCAAGGUCUAACUAACAAUCAGGCUUUUGAAUAUAUUAAAAGUGGCAAAACUUUGCAAAUACCGACCGGUGCGAAGCCACAAUUAGAGGGUUUGCUUAAAGCCUGUUGGAGUCAUGAACCCAAAAAGCGUCCAACUGCUUCAGAGAUUAUCGAUCACAUUUCGAAUUAUCCACGCUUAUUGACGCCAUGUUUAGAUGUACCGAGCGCUUCGGUAGAAAUGCCCGAAAUCGAAAGUGAUGAAGUGGAACUUUUACCUAAAUCACGGAAAUGCUCACCGUUCAGGUGUGAUUCAACGCUGGAUAUUUUACCGCAAACCAAUGUGACGAACCAUUUUAUAGACUCUAAUGAUUUAAUCGGUAGCACUGAGUCAGUCGUACAUGAGACCCUAGAAAUUCCUGCCAGCUAUACAUUAGAUGUGUCUCCAACACCGCUUUUGAACAAUAACAACAACAAUAAUAAUACGAUACAUAAUAAAACGUUCAGUUUGGAUGAUUUUCAAGCGACCACACCAGAUGGUUAUAGUGUAAUGUCACCGUUGUUUACGCAUCGCAUUAGCGAAAGCUCUGAUUCCUCGCAAGCGAGAUUGUUGAAGAAGUCCUCUUUAGAGACGCUGCAGCAGACAGAAUUCUAAUCAUUUUCGAACAUACAUAUGCUGCUAUAAAAACCAAUUUGUUCAAAUUUCAUGUGGUAGAUUUCGGUUGUAGAUAUUGUUUAGUUUACCUGAUGGUUAACGCCACUUUUAUUUUGGUACCAUGCACACAUUUGUAAAUAUGCAUUUAUCUACAUAUAUACCAUAUAUACAUACGUACCUACCGACAUACAUGGAUAUGUACAUAAAGUGAAAUUAUGAAAGUCAAUGUUAAUGUAAAGAUUUGCUUUAGCUAAUUACAUAAGUAGGUUAGAUUGCUACAAAGGUUUGAAAGUCAUUAAUUGAUUAUGUAGGCAAAAGAGUGCCAUUGAAUUAGAUAAUAAGUGGUUUCUGCGUAGUAAAAGUGCAAAUAGCUAAGAUUUUAAGUCUAACUCUCUGUAACCACGUUUAACGUUUUAAUUUUAAUAAUUUUUUCAAUAGAUCUCAUCUUCAAGUUGUGUCUACCCUAAUUGAAGUAAAGCUAAUUGAUUUGCAGGAAAUGAUCUAUGUAAUUCAUUCUAUUGCCAAUAACAUAUAAUGGAGAGAAAGAGAUUUAUUUCGGUACCAAAUUUUUCAAGGCCCAUACCAUCAGUGCCAUCAAACGCAACUAUAGUAUUUUAUUAAAUUGAUAUUUUUUUAUGGAAAUUAAAAUUAAAAAUGGAUAUAAUAAUUUUUAAUUUCAA